CUGAGAGAUAUCAGGUAUUGAUGUAACUGGAGUGAAUAAGGGAACCUUCUUCCUGAGCACAGCCAUUGGAGCCUGUUAUCAGCAUGAACUCAUAUGUGUUAGACAAUCACUUGAAUAGUUCAUAUCCAUCCAUCACUACAGGAAGCAUCAGAAUGAUACCGCAAACUCCAAAAGUCUUAGACACUAAUGACUCUUCACAAACAUUGGAGAUAUCACAGCAGAUAUUUGAAGGAGAUGGUGAAUUGGCUGGAACUGGGCAGCAAUCAAUAUGUACAGAGAGUAAUUUAGUCAUCAAACAAGAGGACAACAUGUAUGCCUUAUCUAGUGAAAUGAUUAUCCCAGAGGAUAAACCACACACAUUUACUGAGUACUCAAAACAUAUGAAAGAAGGGAAAAGUCUUAAGUCUAGCCAAAUUAUUCAUACAAAUAAGAAACCAUUCAAAUGUACAGAAUGUGAGAAAAGCUUCACAUCUAAAGGGAGCCUUAAGUAUCAUAAAAAGACCCACACAGGGGAGAAACCUUUCACAUGUAAUGAGUGUGGAAAAAGUUUUACACAGAAGAGUGAUCUGAAAACUCAUGAAAUGAGUCACACAGGAGAAAAGCCUUUCACAUGUACAGAGUGUGGAAAAUGUUUUGGACGAAUAAGUCAUCUGAAAACUCAUGAAAGGAUUCACAUAGGGAAAAAGCCUUUCACGUGUACAGAUUGUGGAAAAUGUUUUACAGAUAGGAGUAAUCUGAGAAGACAUGAAAGGAUGCACACAGGGGAAAAGCCUUUCACAUGUACAGAGUGUGGAAAAUGUUUUACACAAAUAAAUAGUCUGAAAACUCAUGAAAUGAUUCACACAGGCGAAAAGCCUUUCACAUGUACAGAGUGUGGAAAAAGUUUUACACAAAUAAGGAAUCUAAAAAGUCAUGAAAGGAUUCACACAGGAGAAAAACCUUUCACAUGUGCAGAGUGUGGAAAAGGAUUUACACUAAAGAAUGAUCUAAAAACUCAUGAAAUGAGUCACACAGGAGAAAACCCUUUCCCAUGUACAGAGUGUGGAAAAUGUUUUACACUAAAGAGUAGUCUGAAAGCUCAUGAAAGGAUUCACACAGGAGAAAAACCUUUCACAUGUACAGAGUGUGGGAAAUCUUUUACAGUAAAGAGUGAUUUGAAAAAGCAUGAAAGGAGUCACACAGGAGAAAAACCUUUCACAUGCACAGAGUGUGGGAAAUGUUUUACACAAAAAAGUAGUCUGAAAACUCAUGAAAGGAUUCACACAGGAGAAAAACCUUUUACAUGCACAGAGUGUGGGAUAUGUUUUACACUAAAGAGUCAACUGAAAACUCAUGAAAGGAUUCACACAGGAGAAAAACCUUUCACAUGUACAGAGUGUGGAAAAGGAUUUACACUAAAGAGUGAUCUAAAAACUCAUGAAAGGAUUCACACAGGAGAAAAACUUUUCACAUGUACAGAGUGUGGAAAAGGAUUUACACUAAAGAGUGAUCUAAAAACUCAUGAAAGGAUUCACACAGGAGAAAAACCUUUCAUAUGUACAGAGUGUGGGAAAUCUUUUACAGUAAAGAGUGAUCUGAAAAGGCAUGAAAUGAGUCACACAGGAGAAAAACCUUUCACAUGCACAAAGUGUGGGAAAUGUUUUACACUAAAGAGUAGUCUGAAAACUCAUGAAAGGAUUCACACAGGAGAAAAACCUUUCACAUGCACAGAGUGUGGGAAAUGUUUUACACUAAAGAGUCAACUGAAAACUCAUGAAAGGAUUCACACAGGAGAAAAACCUUUCACAUGUACAAUGUGUGGAAAAGGAUUUACACUAAAGAGUGAUCUAAAAACUCAUAAAAGGAUUCACACAGGGAAAAAGCCUUUCACGUGUACAGAUUGUGGAAAAUGUUUUACAGAUAAGAGUAAUCUGAGAAAACAUGAAAGGAUGCACACAGGGGAAAAACCUUUCACAUGUACAAAGUGUGGAAAAUGUUUUACACAAAUAAAUAGUCUGAAAACUCAUGAAAGGAUUCACACAGGAGAAAAGCCUUUCACGUGUACAGAGUGUGGGAAAAGUUUUACACAAAUAAGGAAUCUAAAAAGUCAUGAAAGGAUUCACACAGGAGAAAAACCUUUCACAUGUACAGAGUGUGGAAAAGGAUUUACACUAAAGAGUGAUCUAAAAACUCAUGAAAGGAUUCACAUGCACAGAGUGUGGGAAAUGUUUUACACUAAAGAGUAGUCUGAAAGCUCAUGAAAGGAUUCACACAGGAGAAAAGCCAUUCACAUGUUUAGAAGGUUAAAAAAAGGUAUCCCAUGUCAGUCAGGUAUCACAAAAACACCAAAUAUUUACACAUAAAAUAAACUUUAUAUGCACUGUGUUGAAACAUUUUAAAAAAAAUCUCCUAAAGAGGACAAACUCCCUAAAUAGAAGAGUCAAAAAAGGA